GGUCGCGUAAAACUUUAGGUUCGCUUCUCUCGAAAAGAAAUAAGGUGGCCAGGAGCUCGACCAUGGAGGGCACUCCCGCAUAGGGAGGAGAAGAGAGGGGGUGGCCUCGAUGACGGCGACCGCGUCUCCCCCCACCCCCACCCACGCGCGCGAGCCCUCCAGAUCCGCAACUUCGAGCUCCUGCAGUACCGUUGGCGGCCACGAGCAGGUCCUCGAGCAUGCUGCUGCUGCUCCGGUGCGGGGCAGAAGAGACCGGGGCGCAGGCGCACGUGCCGCAGCUGUAGCUGGACAAGGACUGCGCGCGGGCGGAGCAGAAGCCGUUCUGGAAGGGCAGCGGCGAGCAGAAGCGUUCUGGAAGGAGCGCCGCGCAGCGCAGCAGCAGCCGGCGGCAUCGUCGCGGCUGAGCACGCCGGUCGCUAAGGGGGCGGAGGCCAGGCAGGCUGUGUACGCGAGAAAGAGGAGACGGGGAUGACUCGGUCAAACUCUGCAAUUCAGUACUUCCAAACAGAAAGGGACUAUAAUUGGUUGCUCUCUUUAGAUUUCAAAUUAUCCAGACAGAAAAUCUUGAAUUGCAUUCUAUUUCAAUACCUUGGUUGAUUUGGUAUUGCAGCUCAAUUCAACUCGUUGGGCUGAAUACAUACAUUCAAACAAAGCAUAAGAGUACAACUCCUCCCGUCCCAUAAUAUAAGAUGUUGUUACAACCAGUAUACGAGUACCUUCCAAGAGGGAGAUUGGUUGCGAUGAUGUGCAGGAAAGCUGAAAUAGAGUUAUAUCUCAGCAGCUUGGGAAGCAAGAGCAGUGUAAGGAUUAGUAGGAAUUGCAAUCAGUUCUCAUGGGCACCUGGGUGCCAAUCUGGCUGGGCUUGCUCAACCCAGGACACGAACUCAUUCGCAAACAACUCAUUUGAAAACCCGGUUCCGUCCAGAGCAGAGAAUUGCAGGCCAUGCUGUCCAGGUUUCUUCUGCCCUCGUGGACUGACUUGCAUGAUGCCUUGUCCUUUGGGUGCUUAUUGUCCUCUUGGGACACUGAAUAAAACUACCAACCUUUGUGACCCGUAUUCUUACCAAAUAACUCCCGGAUCAAACCAGACAUGCGGCAGUGCAGAUACUUGGGCUGAUGUGAUUACUACCAAUGAUGUCUUCUGCACUCCAGGGCACCAUUGCCCAACCACUACCCAAAAACUUAACUGCAGCAAGGGGUCCUAUUGCAGGAAAGGUGCCACUGGUGAAAAUAAGUGUAGAUGGAAAGGCGGGUGUAAGGAGAAUUCAGAAAAAGAAGAAAUCGCUUUGUUUGGUGGCAUACUGAUUGUUGUCUUAAUUGUCAUUUUACUACUGGUGUACAAUUGCUCUGAUCAAUUCAUUGCAGUUCGAGCUAAAAUUUUAUCGAAGUCUCGUAAAAAGGCAGCAAAGAUUGCGCAAGAAUCAGCAACAGCACGGAAAAGAUGGAAAUUAGCAAAAGAACUUGUACUAAGGCAUGAGAUGGAAAUGUAUGAGUCUUCUGAUGCACCUGAGGAAUUAGCUACAUCAUCUGAUGGGAUACUACAUGCUGAUAAAGGUAAUGGUAAGAGAUCAAAAAAUCGCAGAAAGCUAAAUGUUCGCACUGAAAGGUUCAGACGUGCAUAUAGUCAGAUUGACAAGGAAAGAGCUCUGCAGCUAGACAAAGACAAAUUAACACUCGCUGGAAUAGUGUCUCGAGCUGCUGAAAACAGACCACAGAGGCCAAUGCUUGAGGUGGCCUUCAAAGGUCUGACAUUAUCCAUUGGGAAAAAGAAACUUCUACAAUGCGUUACUGGAAAACUUUCACCAGGUAGGAUAACGGCUAUUAUGGGUCCUUCUGGAGCAGGAAAGACCACAUUUCUCAACGCUGUGUUAGGCAAAACAUCAGGCUAUAAGAAGGAUGGAUUGGUCCUUGUAAAUGGAAAAUCCGGAUCGAUGCAGUCAUAUAAGAAGAUAAUUGGUUUUGUUCCACAAGAUGAUAUCGUACAUGGAAACCUGACGGUUGAGGAAAAUCUGUGGUUUAGUGGACGCUGCAGGUUAAGCAAAAGCAUGUCAAAAGCUGAUAAGGUUCUCAUUCUAGAACGGGUUAUAGGGUCACUAGGGCUCCAAGAAAUCAGAAAUUCCCUUGUUGGGACAGUGGAAAAGCGGGGUAUUUCUGGCGGACAAAGGAAGCGUGUGAAUGUUGGGAUUGAAAUGGUUAUGGAACCAUCUCUUCUGAUAUUAGACGAGCCAACAACAGGCUUAGAUAGUGCUUCCUCCCAACAACUUCUAAGAGCUCUUCGUCAUGAGGCAUCCCAAGGCGUGAAUGUUUGCGCAGUGAUUCACCAACCAAGCUAUACUUUGUUCAGUAUGUUUGAUGACUUUGUUCUUUUGGCAAGAGGCGGCCUUAUUGCUUACCAUGGGCCUAUAAGUGAAGUUGAAAAUUAUUUCUCAGGCCUGGGGAUCAAGGUUCCUGACCGCGAGAAUCCUCCAGACUAUUAUAUUGACAUCUUAGAGGGAAUAGCAAAGACAAAAAUGAGCGGACAUGCCACUCCUAAACAUUUGCCACUUCUCUGGAUUCUGCAUAAUGGAUAUGAUGUUCCAGAAGAUAUGCGGAAGGACCUUGAGGAGAUCAAUAUGAUGCACGAGUUAUAUACUGUAGGGUCCAUUACUAGAGAACUAUCUUCUGUAGAACAGACAGAGAGUAAACAUUCUGUGCACCAAAAUGUCAGCCAAAGAAAUGAUUUACUGAAUAGGAAAACACCCGGUGUACUUGCACAAUACAGAUACUAUUUAGGGAGGGUAGCUAAGCAACGUCUACGUGAAGCUACGCAACAGGCUGUUGAUUACCUGAUAUUGUGUAUUGCUGGCAUAUGCAUUGGAACCAUCACAAAAGUAAACGAUGAUACACUCGGUGCAGCUUCUUAUGGGUAUACCAUAAUUGCAGUCUCACUGUUGUGCCAGCUUGCAGCACUGCGAUCAUUUUCACCAGAAAGAUUGCAAUACUGGAGGGAGAGAGAAUCUGGCAUGAGCUCUGUAGCUUACUUCCUUGCAAGAGACACUAUUGAUCAUUUCAACACCGUGGUUAAACCAAUUGUCUUCCUCUCAACAUUUUAUUUCUUCAACAAUCCACGGUCUACACUUGGAGAUAAUUAUUUGGUCUUGCUUGCGUUAGUUUACUGUGUAACUGGCAUAGGUUAUACUCUUGCAAUUUGGUUUGAGCUGGGGUUAGCUCAGUUGUGUUCUGCAUUGCUACCUGUGGUACUGGUCCUGGUGGGCACUGACCCAAAAUUUCCACAAUUUAUUAAACAAUUCUGCUAUCCCAAGUGGACACUAGAAGCUUUCAUUAUUGCUGGAGCAAAAGAGUAUUCUGGUGUAUGGCUGAUUACUCGAUGUGGAGCACUGCUAAAAGGUGGUUAUAAUAUCAAUUAUUUUGCAAUCUGCAUCGGCAUUAUGAUGCUUAAUGGUGUACUCUUCCGGUUUGUUGCUCUGCUUAGUCUGUUGAAGCUAAGAUAGACGUUCUUAUCAUCUCGCGAACUAAAGAACAAGGGUGUGUUCUCUUGAAUAUUCAAGAUUCAACUGCUGCGGAAUUUGUAUAUAACAAGGUUAUCACAUUGGUAGAGUAGAGAUCUCGAGAAUAUAUGCAGAUUUGUAAUUAUUAUUCUUGUCCAUAAGCUCUUGGGGGGAUCGGGCCUACAUAGGUAGCAUAUAUGUUUGUACACUUGCUGCCCUUCAUUUCUCGAAUGCAAAUGUAAUCUCAAAUUGUCCCUUUGUAUUUUAUUUUGCUGUAUGAAAAGUGUGAAAUCCAGUUCUACUA